GUUGAAACUGAUACUUUCAGCAAUGUUCUCCCGAUCUUCUCUGUUGGCAGUGGUACUUGCCUUUGGCCUGGUUUCUGGCCUGAGCAUUACCCUCAAGGUGCCCUCGAAGCUAAAACUGCCCACCAACAAGAAAGUCCUUGGACUUCAGCAGCAGACGGAAAUCCUGGCUGCCCAGAAUGCUGUCAGUUCGAAGUCCUGUUUCGACCACUACAUCCCCCUAAUCAACGGUGUGGCAAGCCAAUACGAGGUGGACUAUGCCCAGUGCCAAAGGAACUAUGACGCCGCCAGUGAACUGGUGCUCAAGGCCUGGAACAGCACUCUGUAUGGCAUCCAGGAGGCUGGGGACAACGGCUGCACGACCUUCUUCGACUGCUCCUCGAUUGUGGACUACGUCCAGGCCUUUGAGUGCUUCGCCGAAGUGGGAGCUGAGCAAGCGAAGACCAUGUACGCCGUGUCGGCCAAUGCCACCGAAGCCGCCUCGAGCAUCAAGAUCCACCUCCAGACCUUGGACGCACAGCAGGAGAGCUGCAACAACAAUGCCGAAAGGAGUUACGUGGAGAACACCGCCAAUACCUACGAGGAGCUAAACAAAUGCCUCGGCGGGGCCCCUAUUCCAGAGGUGACUACCGAACGUAUUCCUGGAGAUUCGGAUUACACGACUAGGAUCUAUUAAUUCCAAAACUGUUGAAGAACUAACCAAUAAAUAAGAUUAGCCUGAAGAAAAUGUGCUUACUUAUU